AUGUCAAACUUUGUAGCUCCAGAAGUAAAAAAAUUUGUGGCUUGGGACUAUGUUGUUUUUGCAGGGCUAUUUUUGAUAUCUGCUAGCAUUGGAGUCUUUUUUGCAGUUAAAGAAAGGAAAAAGAAAACUUCAAAGGAAUUUUUGGUGGGCGGUAGACAGAUGACAUGUGGACCAAUAGCUUUCUCUCUCACAUCAAGUUUCAUGUCAGCAGUCACUGUUCUGGGGACACCCUCCGAAGUCUACAGAUAUGGGGCAUCCUUUGUGCUGUUCUUUCUUUCAUAUGCACUUGUCAUCAUUUUUACUGCUGAACUUUUUCUACCUGUAUUUUACAGAUCUGGUAUUACAAGCACUUAUGAGUACUUGGAGUUAAGAUUUAACAAGAUUGUCCGUCUUGCUGCAACACUGAUUUACAUCCUGCAGACGAUCCUUUACACGGGAAUAGUGGUUUAUGCUCCAUCACUGGCACUCAACCAAGUUACUGGAUUUGAUCUCUGGGGCUCUGUAGCUGCAACAGGAAUUGUCUGCACUUUCUAUUGCACUCUGGGAGGAUUGAAAGCUGUUGUCUGGACAGAUGCAUUUCAAAUGAUGGUCAUGGUGGCUGGCUUCGUGGCAGUCUUGAUUCAAGGAACUACUCUGAAUGGUGGAUUGACCAAGGUCUGGCAAAAUGCCCAAGAAGGAGCACGACUAAAUAUCUUUGACUUUGAUGUUGAUCCUUUGAGACGACACACCUUCUGGACCAUUGUUAUUGGGGGAACAUUUACGUGGCUGGGGCUCUAUGGAGUCAAUCAGUCCACAAUACAGAGAUGCAUUUCCUGCAAAUCGGAAAAACACGCUAAACUGGCACUUUACCUGAAUUUGUUGGGACUUUGGACAGUCCUGGUAUGUGCAGUAUUUUGUGGUUUGGUGAUGUACUCUCAUUACAUGACCUGUGACCCUUGGACUGCUGAUUUCAUUUCAGCACCUGAUCAGCUCAUGCCGUAUUUUGUUAUGGACAUUUUUUCUUCGAUGCCAGGAGUUCCAGGACUUUUUGUGGCCUGUGCAUUCAGUGGAACACUAAGCACGGUCGCUGCCAGCAUCAAUGCUUUAGCAACUGUUACCUUUGAAGACUUGGUCAAGAAAGGUUUCCCAAACCUCUCUGAGAAGAUGAGCACAUGGAUCAGCAAAGGCUUGUGUAUAUUAUAUGGUGUCCUAUGCACUUCGAUGGCUGCGGCAGCAUCGCUGCUGGGGGGAGUUGUGCAGGCUUCCCUCUCCAUCCAUGGGAUGUGUGGAGGGCCCAUGCUGGGACUAUUUACCCUGGGAAUUGUGUUUCCCUGUGCUAACUGGAAGGGAGCUAUUGGAGGCCUCUUAACUGGGAUCACCUUAGCUUUCUGGGCUGGUGUUGGCUCCUUCAUUUACCCUGCCCCGCCCAUCAAGUCCAUCCCUCUGCACCUCUCGACUCUCAACUGCACCCUGGCCAACAGCACCGCGGCGCUGACGACGGUGGCUCCCACGGCGGCUCCAGACAGGCCUUUGCUGGCAGACACCUGGUACUCCCUGUCCUACCUGUACUUCAGUGCCAUCGGCUGCCUAGGCUGUGCCAUCACAGGGCUGGUGAUCAGCUUUAUAACAGGACGUACCAAAGGUGAAGAUAUCCCACCCAUGUUAAUUAAGCCAGUCUGUGACCCCUUUUGCUUUUGGUCCAAAAGGCUCCAAACCUUCCUCUGGUGUGGUGUGCGGCACGACAGCCCCGAGGUGGGCUUUGAAAAACAUCUGUCUAAUUCUGCAAAUGAAACUGGAACAGAUGACACCUUCAAGAACAGUAUCAACGUAGAAAACAGAUGCCAGUUCCCUGGUUACAACCCCGAGGAAAAUUCUUACACUAAUGUGAGCAAAGAAUCUCGCCUCUAG